AUGGUCUCUACUCAUAAUAAAGACAAGCCUUGGGAUACGGACGAGGUUGACAAAUGGAAUAUCGAGGAGUUUAAACCCGAGGACAACAAGUCUGGCCUUCCUUUUGCUGAAGAAUCCAGUUUUAUGACUCUAUUUCCAAAGUACAGAGAAGCGUACUUGAAAUCAGUUUGGAAAGACGUUACGAGGUCUCUCGAUGCACAUCAUAUUGCAUGCGAAUUGAAUUUAGUUGAAGGUUCUAUGACUGUAAAGACUACAAGAAAAACGUAUGAUCCAGCAGUAAUCUUGAAGGCUCGUGAUUUGAUUAAACUUUUGGCCAGAUCUGUGCCAUUCCCACAAGCAGUGAAAAUCCUAGAAGACGAUGUUGCCUGUGAUGUUAUAAAGAUUGGUAACUUUGUUUCUAAUAAAGAAAGGUUCGUGAAAAGAAGGCAGAGACUAGUGGGUCCUAAUGGUAACACUUUGAAAGCCUUGGAGCUUCUAACAAAAUGUUAUAUUCUUGUCCAAGGUAAUACUGUCUCAGUAAUGGGACCAUAUAAAGGAUUAAAGGAAGUACGCCGUGUCGUCGAAGAUUGUAUGAAAAACGUACAUCCUAUUUACCAUAUCAAAGAACUCAUGAUAAAGAGAGAACUUGCUAAGAAGCCUGAGUUAGCCGAGGAAGACUGGUCUAGAUUUUUACCUAUGUUCAAGAAGAGAAAUGUUGCAAGAAAGAAACCAAAGAAGAUCAAGGAGAAGAAAAUAUACACACCAUUCCCACCUGCACAAUUACCUAGAAAGGUUGAUUUGGAGAUUGAGUCCGGUGAGUAUUUCUUGAGCAAGAGGGAGAAGGAAGUCAAAAAGUUACAUGAGCGCAGGGAACAACAAGCCGCUAAACACGCUGAAAAGGAAAGCGAGAGAGCCAAGGAUUUUAUUGCACCAAAAGAAACCGACUACAAAAGCUCAAUUUCAAAAUCUACAAAGAGCUCUUUAGGAGACAGGAAAAGACAGCGUACCGAUUAA